AUGGAAAGAAGCCUGAAGAAUGUCCUUGUGGUUUCUUUUGGAUUUCUGCUUCUCUUUACAGCCUAUGGAGGCCUGCAGAGCCUGCAGAGCAGCCUGUACAGUGAGGAAGGCCUGGGGGUGACGGCGCUCAGCACGCUGUAUGGUGGGGUGCUCCUGUCCUCCAUGUUCCUCCCGCCGCUCCUGAUUAAGAAGUUUGGCUGCAAGUGGACCAUCGUCAUCUCCAUGUGCUGCUACGUGGCCUUCUCCCUGGGCAACUUCUAUGCCAGCUGGUACACCUUGAUUCCCACCUCCAUACUGCUGGGUCUUGGAGCAGCCCCACUGUGGUCCGCUCAAUGCACGUACCUCACCAUCAUGGGAAACACACAAGCAAAGAAGGUGGGAAAAGUUGGCAGAGAUGUGGUGAACCAGUAUUUUGGCAUCUUCUUUCUCAUAUUCCAGUCAUCCGGUGUGUGGGGCAACCUGAUCUCAUCCCUGGUCUUUGGCCAGACGCCCACCCAAGAGGCCAUCCCAGAGGAGCAGCUCCUGUCUUGUGGGGCCAGUGACUGCCUGAUGGCCGCAGCGUCCACCAACAGUACCCAGCGUCCCUCGCAGACGCUCAUCUACACCCUGCUGGGCAUCUACACGGGGAGCGGCGUCCUGGCGGUCCUGCUCAUUGCCACGUUUCUCGAACCCAUCAAAGAUGCUCAGCAGGAAAGUGGAGGAGAGAAGAAGUUACCUUUUUGGUCCACCCUGUUGUCCACCCUCAGGCUUCUUCGAGACAAGCGCCUGUGCCUCCUGGGGCUGCUGCCCCUGUACAGCGGAUUCGAGCAAGCCUUCCUCGCGGGCGACUACACCAGGUCCUACGCCACCUGCGCCCUGGGGAUCCAGUUUGUCGGGUACGUGAUGAUCUGCUUCUCGGCCACCAACUCGCUGUGCUCCGUGCUGUACGGAAGGCUCUCCCAGCACACGGGCAGAAUCGCUCUCUAUGCGCUGGGCGCGGCCACCCACCUGUCUUGCAUCAUUGCCCUCUUGCUGUGGAAACCUCACCCCCACCAGCUGGCUGUGUUCUUCAUGUUUUCUGGCCUUUGGGGCGUGGCCGACGCUGUCUGGCAGACACAGAACAAUGUUCUUUACGGCGUUCUGUUCGAGAAGAACAAGGAGGCUGCCUUUGCGAAUUACCGCCUGUGGGAAGCGCUGGGGUUCGUCAUUGCGUUUGGAUACAGCACAUUCUUGUGCGUCAACAUCAAACUCUACAUCCUCCUGGGAGUCCUGAGUCUGACCAUGCUGGCGUACGGGGCUGUGGAGUACCUGGAGGCCAAGAACCUGGCCAGGCCAGCUGCCUCAGAACAGACAGAGCCGGCGGAGGGGGCGGAAGCAGAGACAGCCAUGUGA